AUGCCUGGCUCAGGGAUCACAGCCAGAGGCGCUGUGCAUCGCUGUCGGCACAAACCAGCAGCACAGCUGGAAUCCACCUCGGAGCGGGCUGUGAGAGUCAGCCCGCCCCUGCUGGCUGCAGGAUGCAGGUCGGGACCACCGGCAGUGAAACGGCGGCGGGAGAGCAGCGAGGGGCUGGGGAGGGGGGAGCACGGCGGGGGCGGGGCGGGGGAGGAAGGGAUGCUGCGUAAGGAGAAACCUUUCCGUGCCGCUGCCGAGGGGUAUAAAGGUGCUGGCGGAGAAGGGAACGGCGAGGAGCAGGGAGGAUCGCGGUGCUGGGAAGCCCUCGGUGCUAUGCUUCCCUGCCACACGCUGAGGCUGAGGCACUCAGCUAAGUGGAUGCUUGUCCCUCUCCUCCUUGUCCUGGCUGAGCUCAGCUGCAGUGCUCAGCCUACCUACCAGUGGAAGGAUGCUGUGACCCAGGAGAAGCUGACCUGCCAGCAGUGCCCACCGGGCACCUUCGUGGCACAGCACUGCAGCAGGAACAGCCAGACUGUGUGCCAGCCCUGCCCGGAUCUGCACUACACUCAGUACUGGAACUACCUGGAGAAGUGCAGGUACUGCAACGUCAUCUGUGAGGAGAAGCAGCUGGAGGUGCUGCAGUGCAAUUCCACCCACAACAGAGUCUGCCAGUGCCAGGAAGGCUACUACUCAGAGAUGGAGUUCUGCAUCAGGCACUCUGAGUGCCCGCCAGGCUCCGGAGUAGAGAAGCUGGGUACCCCCUUUGAGAACACCCAGUGCCACGUCUGCCCCCCUGGCUUCUUCUCCUCCUCCUCCUCCCACACCCAGCCCUGCCAGCCCCACCAGGACUGUGAGCAGCAGGGGAUGGUGACCAACGUGCAGGGCAACCAGUACCACGACACCCUCUGCACCUCCUGCAGGCUGGAGAGAAGGAACAGCACACAGGGCCCAGCCCUAGGAGAUGAGGACUGCAAGCAAGCCAUGAUAGACUUUGUGGCCUACCAGAACAUCUCCGUCAGGAAGCUGAGGCGCCUGCAGCAGAUCCUGGAGGGCUCCCCAAGGAAGCAGGCACCGGGCACCAAAGCAGCCCUGCAGGAGAAGUUCAGGACUUUCCUCACCCACCUCAGAGAAGAGCACCCCGAGGUGGUCAGGGAGCUGCUGGAGGCUCUGCGGGCGACCAGGCUGCACUCCGUGGAGGAGAAGCUCCGCCAGCGCUUCCUGCUCCACUGA